AUGCCAAAUGGAGACGCCUUCGGACCCGCUCUGGCUCACAAACCUCAUCCAGUACCUAGCCCACGCAUCCGUUCACCUCAUCCCGGAUGCCAAGCCGGUGCGCGCCACCCAGUGGGUUGCCGCCGUGUGCGAGCGCGGAGGGAAGACUCGAGCGGCCGCCAGUGUGCUGGAAAGAGCUAUCCCCGAAAUCUCCCCGUGGACUCCAAGCUCAUCAUUAACAUUCUUUCCUCCUACGCCUCCUCGUUCACGGAGCCCGACAUCUCCAAGCUCGAAAUCGCGUCUAUGACGGGGCUCAUGGACGAGCCGGCUAAGACGGCUGUCAUCGUAUACGCCUGGUUUCUUGCAUCCUUGGACAUUCGGAACGGGUGGCUCCGCAAAAUGUUGAACUCCGACCUCGGCCGCCGGGAGCGCCCGAGAACCGCCCCACCGAGCCAGAAACCAAGGGGAGGAGGGCGUCUCGGUCGGUUAUCAGAGGAGCCCCAUACCAUUUUCUCGAAUCCAUUUAUCAAUAGAAUAGGACAUCUCGUUUGGUACACAGUCCGGCAGGCCAUCCGCGGCGAAAUCAUUGGUGGCCCUGCUUGCUCCUACGCGCGCGGGAACAACGUGCGCAUGCAGUGCUCGAAGGACCUUGCCAAAUCGGUGCGCAUCCAUCACAGCCAAAUAUGCAACCUCGAACGGCUGGAUUUCAGGCUGUGGGAGUCGUGGAGCCACUCGGUGCGCGCAAGCGGCCCGUAUGCUAGUUUGGGGUGCCACGCGCUUUCGGCGAGACGGGUGAAAUUUGAUGAGCCAGUGAGGUUGGAGGAUGCGCUGGCAGUCGGUUUUCGCGUCGUGGACGAUACCCUCGUGAGUCCCAAUGGCAAAGAACUGGUGGUGUCCAGACGGAAAGAUGGGUUCUAUUCUGCGAGGAGCCCCAUCUUGUUGUCGACGGAAGCGGGUCCCGUGAAAUGGCGAGCAGGGAUGUUGUUCACUUGAACGACAAGGUAUUCAGACGUGCAGAUAUCAGAUUACCGGUUUUGUUGCUUGCAUGCCAUGGAUACCAGUUUGUUGGGCUUUUGUCACGUUUCGGGAGUGGGCAGAAGCCAGCUCCAGCACGGAGAGAUGUAUCAGUCGCUGCAGUGACUUGUGAAGAGGCACGAUCAUUCCUCCCUCGCGGCGGACCCAACCUCAACUGAAUGAAAAAUCACGAAGCAGCGUAUUCGACGGCGACCCGUGAAUCGCGCAUCUUGCAAAACACGGCCCUUUCACGUGUGCGUCACCAUUGUGGCCGGGUUUUCAUGUACAGGGGGGGGGGGCUCAUUAAUGCACAUUUGAACAAUGCAUAUGCCCAGUAUUGCGCCCCUAUGAGCCGGAACACGAGUCUUACACGUGUCAGAUUCUCCGGACGGAUACUGUACUCCCCGGUUAAUGAUGUUCUAGAAAGGACAAAGGAAGUUCACAUUUUGGAGUUAGAGGUCCUUUCAAGCGCAGGAAAGCUAGAACAAAGAGGUACCGCCGAAGACAGAGUUCAAGAAAUCCCCCUUCCUUCUGAGGUGCAAAAGGCAUUUAAGGAGGUUGAGGAUCUUGCACAGCGGACUGGGGUUGUGGUUGCCGCAGACGGGUUGCGCAAGGCAAAGCGUGCUUUUAUGGAUGCAUUCGGCGAGCAGAACGAGAAGAGGAGGACGCAAACUAUGAUUCAUGAGUUCUUUACUGUGUGAUCGCACACACAAAUGGCUUCCAUUAUUGCACAUCGAGAGUACUGCACCUUUUGUGCUUACGACACGGGUGUGCACUGAUGAGCGAUACCCACUGUAACGGUAAUCCACUGUAACGGUAAUCUUAUUUCAAAAUUACAAUGCGAUUACUGUAUAGUUGAAAAUUUAGGAACGAGUGCUGGAACUUUGUAGACGCCCUGGGACGGCGAUAAAAGAGGAGGCUCCAUGGGCUGAGGAGGGGAUGGAGGAAGGAGGAAGGGGGGAAGGGGGACGAGCCAAAAAGUAAACCAACAGCAAUGCCCGGAAACACGAGCAAAUAGA